AUGAGAAGACGUUUCACUAAUCAAAAGAACACUAACGCAAAAGCAGAGAUUACGGUUGGUUAUAACGUAAAUGAUGAUAAAUCACGAAUUAUUCAAAAUGUUAAAGUUAAUGUUAGCCCUGAAUUAACAAGGUCAGCAACUCAACCAAAUUUAUUAACUCGUGACUUACCGAAGAAUGAGGAGAAUGAAGAAAACCAUGAGAAUGGAGACCCAAUCAUUUUAUCUGAACCCGGUAAAGAACCUGUUGAAAUUCCCACUUAUCCAACAUACCCCCCACCUCUUUCAUCAAACAUCGAGAACCCAGGAAUCUACGAUUCCAGUCGCAAUGCGCCAUAUAAAAUAGACAUUAAUUCUGAAUUAAUGAAAAUUUACCGUGAUAUAAUAACUGAUAAUUAUGAUUCAAUAAUAAAUUUAAUUGACCAAUCCGGUUUAAUUAUUUUACCUUAUGAAUCAUUAAUUCACAUUAUUGCCAUUCUUUGUGAUGUUCAAGAUUCAGACGUUAAGAUUCAAUUUUUCAUAGAUGAUGAGGUUUCAUGCUGCGGAACAGUUGCAAAAAUAAAUCCUAUAAAGGAUAUUAGCACAAUUAAGAUAUCAAAGAACGGAACAACAACUGAACUUCAUUUAACUUAUAAUGAUAUUUAUAAUAAAAUAGUUGAUGAAUAUAAAAUAUCACUUGAAAAAUUCUUUGUUAAGGCUAUUUAA